AGCCCGGCGGACUACAUUUCCCAGAACCUCGUGGGUCCCACUGUGUUUUCCUUCUGCCGGGUGCGGGGGCGGCUGGACCACUCCAGCCUGAUGCUGAGAGGAAAGUCUGCAGGUUCGCUGGGCGGGUCCUGGUUGAGCCGAGCGAGGGAAAUGGUCCUCGCCUGGCAGUUCGCCGGUUGAGGAGGGGCCGCCCAGGCCAGCCGGGGCGCCGGCGAGAAGGGGUGCAUUGUCGUCCUGUCCUGCUGCUGAAUGUCCAUCCCGGAGGAUGAAGAGAAGCUUCUGCCGCUCGUCCAGAGAUGGCCGCGGGCGAGCAAGUUCCUACUAUCCGGAUGCGCAGCUACCGUGGCCGAGCUAGCAACCUUUCCUCUCGAUCUUACAAAAACUCGACUCCAAAUGCAAGGAGAAGCUGCUCUUGCUCGGUUGGGAGACAGUGCAAGAGAACCUGUCCCCUAUAGGGGCAUGGUACGUACAGCCCUAGGGAUCAUCCAAGAGGAAGGCUUUCUAAAGCUUUGGCAAGGAGUGACACCCGCCAUUUACAGACACAUAGUGUAUUCUGGAGGUCGAAUGGUCACAUAUGAACAUCUCCGUGAGGUUGUAUUUGGCAAAAGUGAAGAUAAGCAUUAUCCGCUUUGGAAAUCAGUCAUUGGAGGGAUCAUGGCUGGUGUUAUUGGCCAAUUUUUAGCCAACCCAACUGACCUAGUGAAGGUUCAGAUGCAAAUGGAAGGAAAGAGGAAACUUGAAGGAAAACCAUUGCGAUUCCGUGGUGUGCAUCAUGCAUUUGCAAAAAUCUUAGCAGAAGGAGGAGUACGUGGGCUUUGGGCAGGCUGGGUGCCCAAUAUACAAAGAGCAGCGUUGGUGAAUAUGGGAGAUUUAACUACUUAUGACACAGUGAAACACUACUUGGUAUUGAAUACACCACUUGAGGACAAUAUCAUGACUCACGGUUUAUCAAGUUUAUGCUCUGGACUGGUAGCUUCUAUUCUGGGAACACCAGCUGAUGUCAUCAAAAGCCGAAUAAUGAAUCAACCAAGAGAUAAACAAGGAAGGGGACUUUUGUAUAAAUCGUCUACUGAUUGCUUGAUUCAGGCGGUUCAAGGUGAAGGAUUCAUGAGUCUAUAUAAAGGCUUUUUACCAUCUUGGCUGCGAAUGUGAUCUGGUCAUCUGGUCGGAUCUCACAAGGCCACCCAGUGAGACCCAGCACAGCAUUUUCUAAAGAAGAAUACAACCCUGACCACUUUGACCUUUGGCAAGAAGGUUUGACCUUCUUUGAGAUGCUAUUCUUUGCUGAAGAGCCUGCUUAGAGGAGGAGUACAGGAGAGAGACAGCAUCUCAGACCUGAAGUAGACAAUAGGGAUGUGGGAGAAUAUAUACAUAGUGUUUAAAAGAAAUAUAUUUAACCUGUUAUAUCAGUAUUUACAUUGAAGUUUGAUGAUUCACUUUUCUGUUGUUGUUAAAGUGCACAUAUUGUAACUUAAAGGCAGGUGAAUGAAACUUUAUGAAUAAACAUUUUGAGUUUCCCCUAGUGUUGAAGGAAGUUGAUGUAUCUUUUCUUGCCAGGAGGAUGAAAAAAAUUAAAUUUUGGAUUUCAAGGAAGGAAGCUAUUUUCUGCCAGUGCCCCAUCGUUAGAUCUGUGUUCACUGAUUACCACUCUGCUGCGCGUCCAAGGACUUUCCCUGACAGCCACAGACUCCAAAUCCUGAUGAAAACAGAGAAGAGCAUUUGCCUUGUUACAUAUCCUAUUACAACCUGGAUUUGUCACUAGCUCUCAAGAAUCUCAAUGUAUAAGAAUUGUAAUUUAUUUGAUUAAGAC